UCGGAUGGUCGUCGUUUGGAUUGUCUUUUGUAAACUAGCUGCUGCAUUCGAAUUGUGGAACUGCAUUGCACAGAACUUGUCAAUAGAGCAUUGAAGAACGUUCAGCAAAAAGCGGGAUUGAAUAUCGCGACGGAAAAAGAAGAAAUAAAAAAAAAAACAAAUAAAUAAAGAUUUUCGGUUUAAUUUGGUUUAGUUUUUGGGGAGAAUAAAACGUUUUAGUUGCUGUGUUUAACUGACUUGACUUUUUAAAACGAACUAAGUGUCGACGAUAUUAAGCCUUAUUAUUUUGUUUGGGAUUAUAAAUACAAAAUAUAUUUUUCAUAUUUCAACGAGGUUCGGUAAAAAAGCAAUGCCAUAAUGGAACCAAUGACUGCCUUGGUAUUGGCCUUUCAACUAUUGGCCCUUUUCUCAAUUGCCGGAGCCCUUAUCAUCUAUUUGAUAUGUAAGGUGCGUGACGAUGAUGUCAAGAAAGCUGAACACCCCAAAUCGAAUACCGUAUUGGUAACGAGUGCCGAUACAGCAUUGGGCCUGCAAUUGUGUACCCAUUUGGCCAGUAAAGGUUGCCGGGUAUUGGCUGGCAUGAAAGAUGGCGUCGAUAGUCUGCCGGCGAAGCUGCUAAUUGGUUGGUUGAAAAUGCGCGAAUUUACCGAAGCUCCAGUAUCGGGUGAAAUCAUACCGAUAUUCUUGGAUGUUACCAAAGAUGAGGUGUUGCGUGAGGCCACCGAAAAUUUGGGCACGCAUUUGAGUGCCGGCGAACAGGGCAUCCAGGCGGUCAUAAAUACUAGUGGCACUUUCUAUAGGGGCCGCAUCGAGUCGCAGGAAUUGUAUCAAAUGGAACAAAUGUUUAAGACGAAUAUUUUGGGUUCUCUACGCAUUGCCAAGGCUUUUGUGGAUUUCUUGAAACCAACCUGUGGCCGUUUGAUUUAUUUGGGUGCCGCCAACGGAGGCCAUGGUGAUGGUAUGAUUGCCUACAAUGUUUCUAAAGUUGCUACGGAUAAAUGUGUACAAGAGGUGCGACGUGAACUGCAACCGUUUGGUAUACGUGUGGUCUGUUUGGAUACUUGUGGUUUGCAUGCCGAGAUGCUCUAUAAACCACCAACGGCCCAAAUUUCCAGUGGAGCCCCAACAACCUAUACCGCCAAUGUCUUGAGUCCCAGUGCCCUGAGUGUGGUAGAACGUGCCUUGUGGGAUCUGUCGCCACAUGAACGCUACUCCCUGUUGGCCUCCAACAAAUACCAAUUCGCGUUGCCAUGCCGUUCCUCAAUGCGUUUGUCCAAUAAGUCGCCGGCAGAUGAUGUAAAGAAACCAUUGGAAAAACAAAGAUCCCUUGGUGGAACAGUUGGUGUUGUACAGCGUGUUUGAAUGCCAAACUGUCUCGACUCCAUUGAGGAAGACAGAGGAAAAUUUUGAUAAUUCUGAAAAGGAAAAACAAAAGGAAGAAAUGUCAAUUGAAUUCCAGAGAAAAAAAAAGAAAACUUACGAAAAAGAUUUUAUCCCGGGAUUUUGCGGAGGAAUUACUUCUUUGCUCUCGAAAUCUAAAAUUCCAAAUUUUUAUAAUUUUUUUUUAAUAUAAAUUUGUAAAUAAGUCUUAUUUUUUUUUUUUUUUAUU